AUGGGAGACACCCCGCUGGCGUCGUUGUCUCUGACUCAUGUCCACUAUAAUCCCGAGGACCAACUGUCGUUUGCUUCGGCAUGGCUGGCCCUGAUUCCACAGGCACUAUGCGUCUCGUAUGCGACCUUGAUCUGGUCGACAAGAGAGGUGGAAGUGAUCAUGAUGUUUGUAGGACAGAUGGGCUGUGAAGCAUUGAACUUUGUCCUGAAGCGCAUCAUCAAGGAAGAGCGACCGAGAGAAAUGUUUGGCAAAGGAUAUGGCAUGCCCUCUUCACACGCCCAAUACAUGACCUUCUUCUCCGUCUAUCUCACCUUCUUUCUGCUCUUCCGUCACAGCCAAGCCUCUGCCAGCUCCUAUCCCAAUGUCGCCGUCCUCCUUCGAGUCCUAGUCAUGCUGGCCCUUUGCAUUGGAGCCGCCGCUGUCGCUGCCAGUCGAGUCUACCUCAACUACCACACCCCGAGACAGGUCCUCGCCGGCUGUGCGGCUGGGUUCGUUUGCGCGUGUGGCUGGUUCAUGAUUACCAGCCUGCUGCGAAGCACUGGAUGGGUUGAAUGGGCCAUGGAGACCACUGUGUCCCGCUUGGUUAGAGUCCGUGAUCUCGUAGUAAGUGAGGACCUGGCCGAGGCCGGCUGGCAACGAUGGGAGUCUCAGAGAUUGAAGCGUCGCGGUCUUAGUAAAGCAAAGAAGUCGGAGUAA